AUGCUCAGCGAUCUAGUCGAUGGCUCUGAUUGGGUUGACUGGGUCACCGAAAAUGUAACCGAUACAUUGGCAGAGUUCGACUGGCUAUCAAACUCACUGGAUGACUUUGGCAAAGAUAAUGACCCCAAUGACGUGGAUGGAAUCAUUGCGCUUUUGACUGUAGAAGAUGAAAAGGAGUUAGAUGAGGUAUCUUUUCGAGAAACGAUUUCUGUAGAGGAGUUCAAAAUAGCAGAUCUUGUGGAUAACACGACGGAAGAUGAUGAUAAAUUUGUACUAGUCAUACCAGAAGAAAGAGAUCUCGAUCUUGUAGAACUUGGUACGAGCGAAUGGGUUGAAUUGAAGCUGGAAAUAGCUGAGGAUGCAGAGGGGAUGGCUGAGGAGCUGCUCAAACUGUGCAAAGAGGGUGUUAACUUUGAAGAUCUGCUCAUUCCGCUAGAUACUGAGUUCAGAGGGGAUUCAACGCUUGUACCUGAGCUGGAGCUCAAACUUAAAGCAGUCAUAGAUUUCGAGAAGCUUGAGCUGGUUGAUAUUCCUUGGCUUGCUGCGCUAGAAAUACUUGACAAGAUCGUAGUCGAGUUCGACAUCGCGCUACUAGAAAGUGCAGAAAGUAAGUUCGAGGAUGAUUUCAAGCUAUUGAAGAGUGAACUAUCACCUGAACUACUCCCUAACAUGCUUUCCAUGCUUGUGUUGCUGGAACGUGAGUUUGAGGAUGGGUUCAAGCUCGAGGAUGAGUUCAAGCUCGAGGAUGGGUUCACGCUCGAAGAUGGGUUCAAGCUAGAGGAUGGGUUCAAGCUAGAGUAUGGGUUCAAACUCGAAGAUGGGUUCAAACUUGAAGAUGGGUUCAAGCUCGAAGAUGAGUUCAAGCUCGAGGAUGGGUUCACGCUCGAAGAUGGGUUCAAGCUAGAGGAUGGGUUCAAGCUAGAGUAUGGGUUCAAACUCGAAGAUGGGUUCAAACUCGAAGAUGGGUUCAAGCUCGAAGAUGGGUUCAAGCUCGAGGAUGGGUUCAAGCUCGAGGAUGGGCUCAAGCUAGAGGAUGGAUUCAAGCUCGAGGAUGGGUUCAAGCUAGAGGAUGGGUUCAAGCUCGAGGAUGGGCUCAAGCUCGAAGAAGGGCUCAAGCUCGAGGAUGGGUUCAAGCUCGAGGACAGUGAGCUCUUACUAGAACUACUCCCCGAGCUGCUUCCCCUACUAGAAGGCGAGCUUGAGGAAGGGUUCAAACUAGAGGAUAGUGAACUUUUGCUAGAAAUACUUCUCGAGGUGCUGGAAACACUAGAAAGUGAGCUUGAGGAUGAGUUCAGACUAGCAGAGAGUGAGCUUACACUUCGUAAAGUGCUGGAAAACGAUGAAGAUGACGAUGACACGCUCGGCGAUAGCGAUAUAGCAGUGCUAACGGAAGAAUCUUGCGUUAAACUUGCAGAUUCCUCAAGAGGUUUCAUUGCGGAGGAUUGUCUGGGUAAGGAGGGAAAUGCCAUAGGCGACUCUUCAGUUGACGUCGACAUCUCACGGAGACUGGAUAGCAUUUCGAAGUUUGUAUUAGGCUUAUCGAUCGGCGAGGCUUCAAUAGCUGACUUCGGAAGAUGCCCGGGGUUAGUAGCGAGGAGCGGGACUGGUGAGAGUAACUCAGAAGUUCGAACCGGAGUCUGA